AUGGAUUUCGACGAGUACGAUUAUCUGGAGAAGACAGUGGAGGAGCUAGAAGACAAAGAUUCUUCUGAGAAGGGGAGGGAGAGUAUCGACAGGACCGAACGGAGCUACAGAAAGCGCGAUGAGAUCGACGAUGGCGCUGAAUUGAAGAGGAGCAAGAGGUCCAGUGGCGACGACGAUGAGCAUGUCUCCAGGAAGGAUAGAGAUCGUGAUGAUGACCGCGACAAGGAGCGUCGCAGGAGUGGCAGGGAUAGGGAUAGAGAUAGAGACGGUGAGAGGAGUAGCAGAGACAGAGACAGAGACCGAGGCCUAGAUAGGGAGAGGGAUGGGGACAGGGAGAAAGAUAGGAGAGACAAGGACAGAGAAAGGGAAAGGAGGGAGAGGGAGAAGGAGAAAGAGAAGGAAAAGGAGAGAGAAAGGUCCCGGAGGAGCAAGAGUCGUUCGGAGCGAGAGGAGAGAGAGAGGUCUCGGAGAAGUGUAAGUCGUUCUGAACGAGACAGAGAGAAGGAACGGGAGGAGAGAGAGAGGUCUCGAAGAAGUGUAAGUCGUUCUGAACGAGACAGAGAGAAGGAACGGGAGGAGAGAGACAGGUCUCGGAGGAGCAGAAGUCGUUCUGAGCGUGAUAGUGUUAGAGAACGGGAUUUCGACAUGAGAGAUAGCAGGAGACUUAGGGAGAAGAAGGAAGCUGUGGAGCCUGAGGCAGAUCCAGAAAGGGAUCAAAGAACUGUUUUUGCCUAUCAGAUGCCUUUAAAGGCAACAGAAAGAGAUGUUUAUGAAUUCUUCUCAAAAGCUGGCAAGGUGAGAGAUGUUCGUCUGAUCAUGGAUAGGAACUCAAGACGAUCUAAAGGAGUUGGGUAUAUUGAAUUUUACGAUGCAAUGUCGGUGCCAAUGGCAAUUGCUCUCUCUGGUCAACUUCUUCUUGGACAACCUGUAAUGGUCAAACCUUCUGAGGCUGAAAAGAACCUAGUUCAAUCUAAUACUACUACUGGAGCUGCUGGUGUGGUCGGACCAUAUGGAGCCGUGGACAGAAAACUGUAUGUGGGGAACCUUCAUUUCAAUAUGACCGAGAGCCAGUUGAGAGAGAUUUUUGAGCCAUUUGGUACCGUGGAGGUUGUGCAACUGCCUCUUGACCUGGAGACCGGACAUUGCAAGGGUUUUGGAUUUAUUCAAUUUGCCCACCUAGAGCAUGCCAAGGCUGCCCAGAGUUUAAAUGGAAAAUUGGAAAUUGCUGGCAGAACUAUCAAGGUUUCAUCUGUAGCAGACCAUGUUGGAGGUCAAGAUACAGCAGCAAAAUCUGCAGAUUUUGAUGAUGAUGAAGGUGGAUUGGCUUUAAAUGCUCAAUCAAGAGCAUUGCUUAUGCAGAAGUUGGAUCGUUCUGGAAUUGCUGCAAGCAUUGGCUUACCCAUGAAUGGGUCAGUUCCUGCCCAGCAGGCUAUUAGUUUGCCUAUUGGGAAUCCUGGAUUAAUACCAGCACUAGCUCUACCAACUCAAUUUAUGCCUACCCAAGUGGCCGAACCUGUCGGAACCCCCAGCAACUGUUUGCUGUUGAAAAAUAUGUUUGAUCCAACCACUGAGACAGAGCCAGAUUUUGAUCUAGACAUCAAAGAAGAUGUAGAAGAAGAGUGUUCUAAAUAUGGGCGGGUGAAGCAUAUCUAUGUCGACAAAAAUAGUGCAGGUUUUGUAUAUUUGAUGUUUGAAACCGUGGAAGCAGCAAGUGCUGCUCAGCGUGCAAUGCACAUGCGGUGGUUUGCACGCAAAAUGAUUUCAGCUAUAUACAUGCAACCUCAGGUAUAUGAAGCUAAGUUUAAAGGGGAAGUGUGA